UAAAACUUGCCAUAUGCGCGCACGGUGCAGCGGGAGGACUGCGCCGCCGCUCCGCCGUGCGUCUUCGCUUCUCCACAUGAGUUGAGCGCGUAAGAAAAAAAAAAAAGAAAAAAGAAAGCCUUGCAGACCGGAUGGUUCGGUGCCGUAUAGUGGAAACUUCGGGCUGGACCAAACGUCUCGGCUCAGCCCGGUAUGAUCGUUUCCAACGUGAGCCUGAGCUGUGAGCACUGUCCCGGGGGAGGAGCCGGCGGCAUAGCGGCGACGGAUGCGUACAAAGAGGUGCCCGGCACUCUCCCUCCUCCGUCCCUGAGCCCGACGGGGCACCUGGUGGUGGCCGUGUGCCUCGGCUUCAUCGGCACCGUCGGCUUCCUCAGUAACUUCCUGGUGCUCACGCUGUUCUGCCGCUACCGGGCGCUGCGCACACCCAUGAACCUCCUGCUGGUGAGCAUCUCUGCCAGCGACCUGCUGGUCAGUGUCCUGGGGACCCCGUUCAGCUUCGCGGCCAGCACCCAGGGGCGGUGGCUGAUCGGACGCGCGGGGUGCGUCUGGUAUGGGUUCGUCAACGCGUGUUUGGGCAUCGUCUCCCUCAUAUCCCUCGCCGUCCUGUCCUACGAGCGCUACUGCACCAUGAUGGCGCCAACCAUGGCUGACGGCAGAGACUACCGCCCCGCGCUGGGAGGGAUCUGCUUCUCCUGGCUCUACUCGGUGGCCUGGACCGUCCCCCCGCUGCUGGGCUGGAGCAAAUACGGGCCCGAGGGCCCCGGCACCACCUGCUCGGUUGACUGGCGGACCCAGACGCCUAACAAUAUCUCCUACAUCAUCUGCCUGUUCACCUUCUGCCUGGUGCUGCCGUUCAUCGUCAUCCUCUACUCCUACGGCAAGCUGCUGCUCGCCAUCAGACAG